GAAUUUAUGGUUGUGGUCUUCCAAGUCUGCCAAGUCGGUGAGUCUGUCAACAUUUUGCUAAAGAAAACUGCAGGCGGCAUAUGCACUUCAGAUAUGAAAUGCCUUUUUCCUCCGAUUCUUGAGUGUAAUUAAUUAAUUUCGCGCUCGUUUUGGUGCGCUGCUGCAUUAUGAACGCAGAGCCAUCGUUUUGGGGCCGAGCCGGUUCCAUUGUUGUUGUUGUCGUUGUUGUUAUUGUUAUAAAACAUACAAAAUUAUGUGCACAUUUGCAUAACAUUCGCUGGGGCAACGGCUGAAGCUCAGUAAUCGUUCUACUUUGGUCGCGUAAACGCGUCUCCGCCGCACAGCAUCCAACUAACUGGCCAUCCAUAAAUCGGAAAAACUCAAAACAUAGAGAAAGGACUUCGACUUUAAUAAAUCGAGAUACGGUUAAACGGGAAAAACUUGCACAAAAUGUCACACGGUGAACGCAAAGGACGCCUCAAUGUGGUCAAAUUUCUAGAAUUGGCAUUCUCCGUUGCCUGUUUGGUGCUGCAUUUCUACAGUUUCAACGACCGCGACAUAAUGACCUCAUUCCUGGCCACGGGCACAUUCACCGGAUACAUUAUUGUGGUAAUUGGCGUCUUUGCAGGCGUAUUGAUGCGAGCACCGAUCCACAAGCGCAUCGAUAUAUUCUUUAGCGUGCUGGGCUGCGCUUUGUUUGUGGCCAGCGGCGUCUUUAUUAUCGAGGCUUGGGAGUUCUCCUUUCGGACGCGCACACGUGACUUGGCGCUGAUCAAGGCAUCGCUGUCGAUAGUGAACGGCGUGUUGUUUGGCUUCGACGCCAUUUUCACAUUUCGGGACAAGUGAGACAACAACAAUAAGAAAAG